UGUGUGAUUCUCGUGGUCUCCACAUAUUUUUACUGAAUUCUGCAGCACAGCAGGGAAAACAACUCUGUGCAUGAAUUAAGCCAUCUGUGGUGGCUUUAAGUUUUAUCAUGUGAUUUACUGUAAAAUUAAGUUUCGUUUUCCGGGAAACCAGGUGAUCCUGAAAAUUUCUCUGGAGACCAAAAGUGAAAGUGGCUUCACCCAGCGGAAUAAAAGAGUCAUGCACCUUCUGGAGGACCGUCUCGGCAUACAGCAUGCAGUGAUGUUCGACGCUUUAUCUUCAGGACAAAUAGACGCUUGAACAAGUACUGCAGUUUAGUUGAAACCAGCUCCUGGAUAGAAGAACGUAUUUUUACUAUGGGGAAAUCUUCUCUUUAAAGUGAGAAGCAGCUUGAAUAUCUGCACUGGAAGCGUGGGAUGACUGAGUGUUUCCACAAUGGAGGACGUCAGUGAUGAAGAUUCAUUUGUUGAUCUGUACAGUGCAGAGGACACUCCACCAACACCACAGACUGGCUGCAAGGAGACACAAAUGGAAAGCUUAUUGGAGGAUCUGGGCUUGGAGCAGCACUCCAAAGAGAAGCUAUCCCUGAGCACAAUACUUCAGAUUAAUGAGAAGACCAUUACUGAUGAACCUGUCAAGCGUAAUUCAGAUCUUCCAUGGUAUUUUCUGAAGAAACUGAUGAUGGUUAAUGUGACAGCUAGGAAUGUGAAAUGUACAUCAGUAUGUGACUCAAACUGUGAUGCUGCAUCAGGGAAUACAGGGUUAGAUCUUGAUAAUCUGCUCAACAGUCCAAAUUCAGGUGAUAUGCUAAACCCCCUCGACAUAAUCACUGCUCUCUUUCUGUGUUCUGAUGGUUUUGUACAGCAGGAAAUGGCACUCAAAAUGUCUAUGUGUCAGUUUUCUGUGCCUCUACUGCUUCCCAAUUGUGCAACAGAACAGUGCACACUCAUGCUGUGGGCAAUGAGAGACAUUGUUAAAAAGUACAGACCUCAGUCCCUUUCUGAAUCCAAGGGCUUCAUUGAAGACAGAGUUGUUCUCUCGAAUCUUCCAAUGAUAUCUUUUGUGAGGCUGGGUGAAUGCUCCUUGUCCAAGUCGGAGAUUCUCAAUAAGCUUUUGAGCAAUUCUCAGCAGUACCAUGACACCUUUGUUCACUGCAAUAUGGAGUGUGGCGACAGCCCAAGGAGAAUAUCCAAUGGAUUGGUUGAAGUUUCUUGGUACCUCCCUUGUGGAAACAAAAACAUGGAUCUUUUCAGUGAGCCAGUUGCUGUAGCUAACCUUCGUGGGGACAUUACUUCAUUUGAAACACAAUACUCUUUUUUGUGUCAGACAUCUACAGCAGUUUUUGUGUUCUUUGACAAUUUGGACUCUGAGUGCAGGCUACUGACCAACCAACACCACAAGGCACAGAUCUACUUGGUGGGCAACCAUCAAAGCAAGCAGUUCAGUUUAGAUGCUCUGAAAAAGGUAGCAACCAAGUUGGGCUUGACUAACAGCAACAUUAUUUUGAAGACUAAGCGCAUGAAUGAUGCAGACUUUGUGUCAAAUCUGCGGAAAACAGUCAGGGAUGCAGUUGAGAGCUCCAAGAAGAAAAUGCGAAUAGAGCAAAUGACUGACAUUGCCUAUGAACUGGGAAUCUUGGUUGAUGAAGACUCUCCAGAGUGCCAGACUGCCAAGAAAAAUGCAGAUGCCAUCACUGCAGAAAUUCAUGACACCCUUAAAUACAAAGAAGCUCAGCUUCCCAGGCAAGGGAAAAUAUGGAAAGAUUUGACUUGCUUAGAAAAGGAAGAAUUUCGUCUUCAAAAAGUUGGAUCUGAAAACAUAGAAAUGUACAAAGGUAAUCUUAAGGUACAGAAAACAAAACUUCGGGGAAAACAGAACUCUUAUGACAUAUCAACUGCUAUGACUUGCUUCAUCAACGCAGUAUCAAGCCCAGGAAUAGAGAGGUGCUAUUUCCUGAAAUGGAUGCGCAUAAACCUUGAUAACCUAUCUCGAGAAAAACUGUCUGGUCUCAGGGAGCAGUACAAAAAGAAAUGCAAAAGUUCUGACAACAAAGAAGAGAUUAAAGACAUUGACAGACAACUUUCCAACAGCUCACUGGGGACUGAACACUUCUUCCGUGAAAUGGGUCAAAUCUAUGAAGCUUCAGUUUCCCUUCCAGAAACACACCCAUCACGUCAACAAUUACAGCAUCUUCCAAGACUCUGUGCAAGAUUGUUACUUGAUGGCUUUCCUCUUGAGCUUGUUGAUGGAGAUGCAUCCAACAUACCUCUCAGAUGGGUGAGUGAUGUUCUCUCUCAGCUCAAUGCCUUGGUGUCUCCUAAGAGCAAGAUAUUGGUGGUCACAGUUCUUGGAGUUCAGAGCACAGGAAAGUCCACUCUCCUUAACACGAUGUUUGGAGUGCAGUUUGCCGUCAGCAGUGGCCGAUGCACUCGAGGUGCUUUCAUGUUGCUCAUCAGAGUCAAUGAAGAUGUCAAAAAAGUACUCAACUGUGACUUCAUGGUGAUCAUUGACACUGAGGGCUUAAAGUCACCAGAGCUUGCACAACUGGAUGAUAGCCAUGAGCAUGACAAUGAGCUUGCAACACUUGUUGUGGGGCUGAGUGAUAUCACCAUUAUCAAUAUUGCAAUGGAGAAUUCAACAGAAAUGAAAGACAUCCUACAAAUAGUUGUGCAUGCUUUUCUCAGGAUGAAGGAGGUAGGCAAAAAGCCCAAAUGUCAGUUUGUUCACCAGAAUGUGUCAGAUGUUUCAGCCCAUGAGAAGAACUUACGAGACAGGAAACUGCUCUUGCAACAGUUAAAUGAGAUGACCCAGGCAGCAGCCAAAAUGGAAAAGAAAGAGGAGAACAAGAGCUUCACUGAUGUGAUGGAGUACAGUCCAGACACUGGGAACUGGUACAUUCCUGGACUUUGGAAUGGAAACCCACCAAUGGCACCAGUCAAUGCAGGGUACAGUGAAGCUGUAUAUGAGCUCAAGAAGAACAUCAUCCAAAUGUUGGGAAGUUGUAACUCAUCUGCUAACAAAAUCUCUGAGUUUACAGAGUGGAUGUCAAGCCUCUGGAAUGCAGUAAAGCAUGAAAACUUCAUCUUCAGCUUCAGAAACAGCCUGGUGGCUGAUGCCUACAUGAGGCUUUGCACAGAGUUCAACAAAUGGGAAUGGGAAUUCAAAAAAGACAUGUACACCUGGGUCACAAAUGCUGAAACAAGAAUUUCCAAUUUUGGUAAAUUUGCUUUGAAAUCUGGGAAACAUGACAUGAGAGAACUUCUCACAAGUUUAAAAAAUGAAGCUUGCACAGUGCUGUCUAAAUGGGAGACAAAGAUUCUUGAAAACCUGACAAAGUACUUCAAGCAAACAGAGGGUCAUGUCUACCUAGUUGAAGGAUACAAAGAGGAAUUCUCAAACAGUGCAAAAAGCCUUCGACGAGAAAUUCAGAGCUCUGUACUCAAUCAGCUCACAGCAGCAGCAGAAAUCAAACAGGGAAUGGCAGAACUUGAUAGAGUCAAGAAGAAUCACACAAAACAAUUAGAGGAGAGAGUGUGUGCAUUAAUUGAGGACUGUCGGAAGAAAAAAGUCAAGAUGACAGACACAGAGCUAGACAAAGAAUUUGAUGAGAUGUGGGAUAAAACUUUGAAGGAACUAUCUUUUUGUGAACAAAAGGUAACAGAUGUCUUCACCAGUGUAUCUCACAACUUGAGAGCAAAUCUCUUACAUAAGGGCAGUCAUGCAAAUGAAAUACUGAAUAAAAAAGACCUGAAAAAUUGUGGACAAAUGCCUUUCAAAUAUAAGCCUACAGUUGAAGGAGCCUUCAACCAAGUUAAACACACUGUGAAAAAGUGGUUUAACAAAGAUCAAGUAGUGGCUAUGCAACAAAUGGCUGACAGCAUCAUAGCUGCUUGUGAAGACAUUUUGACACAGAAAAUGGAACGAAAAACCAAUUACCAUGAAACUUACAUCCUGGAGAUCCUACGCAUGAUUGAUGAGAGGCUGCAAAACAACCAAAAUCUGAAGGCAGACAUUGAGUUUGAAGUUUCUCUGAAACAGUACAUUUGUGGAUUUGCAGCUAGAACAUUUCAGAAAAUGCAUGAAGAUUUCAUACAUGUGAAUGAUCCCAAAACAUGCCUCAAACAAAACAAAGAAAAGUUCCGUGCAGAUUUCAAAGAUGUGUUCAAUGAACGAAAUCAGUGCCAGAAGAAGGCAGAAGAAUUCACUGACAGAUGCUUGAAGCCUGCAGUCGAGGACUUUGUCAACCGCUCCUUGGGUCCUGACAUCAUUGGUGAAAUGCUGACAUGCCAUCAGUUCAGCACCCGGAUAUUCUUCCAGUAUUCAGUUUUACAGGAUUUGCUCUCCAAGGAUGACUUUGAAAACUAUCGGCGCUACAUUUGCUCAUAUGAGGGUUAUGUAAAGGAAUGGACACUCAACCAAAUAAAAGAACACUUCUCUAACCCGUCUAAAGCGUUUGAGUUUGAGGAUCGACACGUUCAGUCAAGUAUCAAUAGCAUAAACAAUGUCAUCAACAAGGCCAAAACAGGAAGGAGUGGCAACUUGAAGACAUUUGUUGAAGACAUCUGCAAAGCACUUGGUGAUAAACUGGUAAUUUCCCAGGAUGCUCUUGGAGCGUUCAUGAUCCUGAACAAUGCUGACAAGGAACAGUUUGCUCACUGGCUCACACAGUGCGUGAAGGAGAUGGCCCAAGCUCUUAGAGAGAAGUUUAAAAAGACAAACAUUGAAAUGAAACUAAUAAAUCUCCAUGUGAAUCCUCAGAAUGAGCUUUUCAGCAGACUGAUUGGAUGUGGUAAACAGUGUCCAUUCUGCAAAGCGCCUUGUGAGGCAGGAGGAAAAGCACAUACUGAGCAUUGGACUUCACUACAUCGGCCAGAGGGUUUUGGUAGAUACAGGUGGAAUGCCACAGAAAAACUUGUCACUGACAUAUGUUCUUCUGCUGUGAUCAGUGACACAUGUUUCCGCUGCGAUGCUACUAAGGAUGAAUGGCACCCUUACAAGCGUUACAAAGAAAUUUUCCCAGACUGGAAAAUUGCUCCAGAUGUAAGCCUUGAGGCCUCAGACUACUGGAAAUAUGUAAUGGCAAAGUUCAACCAUGAAUUUGCUAAUGCAUAUAAAGCAAGGCCUGCUGAUAUUCCUCCAACUUGGAAGAAUAUCACACUUAAGCAGGCAAAAGUAAGCCUGAAAGAGUCAUUCAACAUCAAAUGAGAAACGACUAACAUUUCCUCCUCGUGAUUUACACAUGUGCACAUCCUUCUACUUAUGUUCAUUUAUCCUCCUUUCAUAUUGUCCGUGCUUUUUAAAAAAAUUUUACAUAGAAGAGAAUCAGAAAUAGUAACAUACUGUAUAUAAGAUGACAAGGAUAUUUAACUACAACAAAAGAAAAAAUCACUACAUGUAGUGCUCACUUCUACCUACGAUUUCAUGUAACGUGUUUAAUAAAAAAUGUUUUUAUUCUUUAGACUACUUUAUUCUUUGAGUCAACAUAUGUUAGGAGCACAUGUUACAACAUUGCAAUCAUUAAAUCUGAGCUUGCAUUUCAUGAUUUUGUGCAACUGAUUACUUUCAUCAUAUUGCAAUUGGAAAGAUGUACGCAGUUAUUCAAAGUAUCAAACUGACAGUGAAGUACCUGAUAUAUGAAAUAUAUACAGUUUUAAAUGAAAGAUCGAAUAUAUGUGGUAUUGUCAACAUGUAUGCAGGAUAGAAAGGUUUUUUUUGUGAUUUUUACUUAGAAUAUAGAAUUGUUUGUUUAUGUGUUUGUGAAGUUUUUGGUGUCAAAUACUUACUUUUUUCUUAGUGAAUUAAAAGAUAAUUUAGUCCAUAUGUCAACAUGUAUACAUAAAGUUUUUAAAAUCGAAUCAAGUAAGGUAUGUGUUUUUUCAAACUCACAAUAGCUUUGUUUUUAUUUCUGUGACAUUACUAGUGCCAUGUAUUUACAUUUUUAAAUGAAUUAAAAUAUCAUACAGCAUGUAUGUGGUGUUGUCAUAAUGUACCAUAGACUGUGUAUUAAAUGAUUACAUUACAUACUUCUGUUAACUGAUUAAAUAAAGAAACAAAAUCAGUUAUGAAUGUCUUUAAUGUUUCAUUUGUCUUGGGUUUUUAAAUUUGAAAAUGAAUGUUGAUACAAGACAAAGCACACAUUUGCUGUAGAAACACAGCUUAAGUUGUGUGUGUGUUUGUGUGUGUGUUUUUCAUUGUGAGAUGUGAGUCAUGUAAAUGUGUUUCAUGUGUGUUGAAAUAAGUAUAAACCAAAAUCCAGCCCCAGCUGUGUGAACCACAGCACUGAUGUGAGUCACUGAACUGCAGUUAUUAUCAAAUUUUUCAAUUACUUUUAGCCAGUUUUCAUCAUCGUAACACAUCAGACAAAUAUGAGGUACUUUGCAUUGAUGGCAUGAGUUUGGAUUAUAGGUAACACACAAUGUUAUCAUUCAGGGAGAGGGAGUACAGAUGGGGGACUCUUACAAGGUACUUGGGGUGCAACUCA